GUCAUGUGACAGCGGUGGCGCGGUGCCCCUUUAAGUGAGGUCACGUGAGGCGCUGCGGCCCUUGGUAACGCGCGGCGGCCGGACCAUGAGUUUCCUCGGGAGCUUGUUUUCUCCAGUGUGCGACAUUGAUAUCAUCCUGAAUGAUGCGGACACCAGGAAAACAGCAGAGAUCAAGAGUGAGGAGGGCAAAGUGGAGAAACACUACCUGUUCUACGAUGGCGAGUCUGUCACAGGGAAGGUGAACCUUACGUUGAAACAGCAAGGAAAACGUCUAGAGCACAAAGGAAUUCGGAUCGAGUUUGUAGGACAAAUUGAGCUGUUCAGCGACAAGAGUAACACCCACGAGUUUGUGAACCUGGUGAAGGAGCUGGCGUUGCCUGGGGAGCUGACACAGAGCAGGAGCUAUGACUUUGAGUUCAUGCAAGUGGAGAAGCCGUACGAAUCGUACAUAGGAGUCAACGUACGGCUCAGGUACUUCCUGAAGGUGACGAUAGUGCGGAGCCUGAGUGACCUGGUGAAGGAGUACGAUCUGAUCGUUCACCAGCUCGCCACCUACCCCGACGUCAACAACUCCAUCAAAAUGGAAGUGGGCAUCGAAGACUGCCUGCACAUCGAGUUUGAGUACAACAAGUCCAAGUACCACCUGAAGGAUGUCAUUGUUGGUAAAAUCUACUUCUUGUUGGUGAGAAUCAAAAUCCAGCACAUGGAGCUUCAGCUGAUCAAAAAGGAGAUCACAGGCAUCGGGCCCAGCACAACAACCGAGACAGAAACUAUUGCAAAGUAUGAAAUAAUGGAUGGGGCGCCAGUUAAAGGUGAAUCCAUUCCCAUCCGACUCUUCUUGGCCGGAUAUGACCUCACGCCGACCAUGCGGGAUGUGAACAAGAAGUUCUCAGUGCGUUACUUCCUAAACCUGGUGCUUGUGGAUGAGGAGGACAGACGGUAUUUCAAACAGCAGGAAAUAGUCUUGUGGCGGAAAGCGCCAGAGAAGGUGAGGAAGAGAACCAAUUACCACCAGCGGCUGGAGUCUCCGGAGCCCCAGGCCUCCGCUAGGCUGCCCGAGAUCUGAAACCGCCAAGAGCGUGGAGCCAAGAGGGAACCAAGGCCAGCCUUCCUCUCUUCAUCUCCUGCGCUUCUACCAUCUUUCCCUUGCACUCUCGUACAGCAACGGUUUCUUGCGCCAACAUUGAAAACACUGGAACACUUAAAGCUAGCAUUUUAUACUGCACAUUUUACAAUUGUUCAAGGUAGGCACGAAACUGCACUGAGCAGACGGUUCUGACUUUAUAGCUCAAACAUAUUGUACUUCAAAAUUGCUGCAUGGAGGCUGGUUAUUUUUGAGCUUAUUGUGUUCUAAUACUGUAUUUUCUCUCUCUCUCCCCCCCCCCUUACCCCAUUCCCACCUGUUUUUUGGGGUCGCAUGUCUAAGGCUGUGUGGUGUGUUCAACCCUCAGCGACUGCGGUUUAACACUCCGUUGCAGAGGUGGCACUGGGGUAAACAGUGCAAUAGUGGGGUUUGCAGCAUCACAGGCGGGCCCUUGUAUCCAAGGUUAAUGGUUGGUUCUCUGUGCUGGGAUGGUUAUUGUCGCUGGAGAUGCCUGUGAGUAAAAUCAUCUGGUCCCAUUGCUUUCUGUAAGUGCCCGAAAGAGAGCUGAACUAAAGCCAGUUAUGCCAAAAAAAAACUCUCAAAUCACGGUCACUUGCAAGGGAUGGUCCAAAGUUUAAUCCAGAAUAAAGAUUUGUAUUUACAGGUACCUCAGAUGUAUAAUACCAGUUGCAAAUAUGUAUCCAUCUCCAAUAAAAGAUUCACUCGUCUCUG